AUCCUUAGAAUACCAGUAUUUACAUGGUUACAUAUCAAGUUGUUUCAGGAGUGCAUGAGCUCAUUUGCACUCCUAUAAAAGUUCCAUUAAAGUGCUAAGUGACUACCAGGACUCCUAAUUUAAGCAGAUGAGGCCAAACUCGUCCGAGGGCUGCAGAAAUUCUGAGUCAAGCCUGGACAAGUAAAGUUAAAUACACCCAUAAAAUCUAUUUUCAGAGCGUUUUUUUUUCUUAAUUUCUCCUGUUCAUAACCAUUCAUUUUGACUUCCAACAAUUCUUCUUUUUUCCUAACGGGAAUCUGAGGCUCCAGGAUCACCAGUAAAGAUGAGGAGGGGAAAAACACGAACCUAAAAUAAAUCUACUAUAGUUGGGGGGAAAAAAGAAGGAAAAAAAAAAGAAGUCUUGGAGCAGGUAGUCUUCGGCUCCGCUCACAGUAGGAGGAGAUGGAGGAGGAGGAGUGGAGGAGGGGAGCAGAAGAGGGACUCCUGAUACAGCUGGGAUGGACCUCCUCAAGGAUUGGUGGAUGGCUGCUCCCGGUGUGGCCCCAUGCCAGGCCCUUAUGUCUUUAUAUACAGUAAAGAGAUGAGCGGACGGUCCUGAGUGUGCGCUCUGCCUCUCUCCAUCUCCACUGCUUCCUCGCGCCUUCUCUCCUCCAGCAUCCUCCAGCUGCCUCCUCUCCGUCUCCGGCUGUGAAACCAUGACCACGCCGUACCUCCUUCUCACUUUGACCGUGUGUCUCCUGGCCGGGAGUCUCCCAGCCGAGGCCACCUACUACCGGCACCACCGCUACAUCCCGCACUUCUACCGCUACCGGGAGCACCAAAACACCAAUCCACACCCGCACCCCAACACGGAGAACCUCCUGCCCGAGGUCUCCAACCGGGUGCCUAACGUAGCCGCGCAACCCGGCGUGCCCACAUACCCGCGGAUCCCCGAGGUCUUCCACCCUGCCCCGCGAGCUCUCCCUCCCAUACCAGAGGCUUUCCACCCUGUGCCCGAGGUCGUGCACCCUGCGCCCGAGUCUUACCGCAGACACGCUGAGGUUUACCGGCCGGUGCCUCGAGCGCCUUCCCCGGGUAAUAUGAGCCGGAUCUUCUACGGGAUCAUGUUUGACGCUGGAAGCACAGGAACCAGAAUCCACAUUUACAAGUUCAUCCAGAAAGAUCCUGUUGAGCUGCCCGUUCUAGACAACGAAAUGUACCACGCAGUAAAACCUGGACUGUCAGCGUACAAGGACAACAUUGAGGAGGGCGGCAACACCGUCCGCCAGCUGCUGAAGAUUGCAAAGAAGACCAUCCCAGAGGAUGAUUGGAACAGGACGCCGGUGGUGCUGAAGGCCACCGCGGGACUGCGUCUGCUGCCUGAAGAGAAGGCCAGCGCUCUUCUAAAGGAGGUACAGGAGGUAUUUGACGAAUCCCCUUUCUAUGUGCCACAAAACAGUGUUUCCAUCAUGAACGGAAUAAAUGAAGGAGUCCUCGCCUGGGUCACAGUGAACUUCCUCACAGGUCAUUUGUACUCCAACACAAGGAGAACAGUGGGGAUCCUGGACUUAGGAGGUGGAUCUACACAGAUCACAUUCCUUCCCAAGUCUAAGAAAACAAUCGACGCUGCACCAUCCAGUUACAUCGCCCGGUUCAACUUGUUCAACAGCACAUAUCAGCUCUACACACACAGUUACCUUGGAAACGGCCUGUACGCAGCUCGGUUGGCUACGCUCGGAGCACUAGGAGCUGAUGGUCUAGAAUGGAAGAUCUUCAGAAGUUCCUGCCUCCCAAAAAAGUUCAGGGAAGAUGUGAGCUUUGGAGGAACCACCUACAAAGUUAGCGGGAUUCCAGACGGCUACGCGGGCUACAAGCUGUGUUAUUACGAAGUGAUGAAGGUUAUCAAAGGGAUCGUGCACCAGCCGUACGAAGUGAAGGGCAGCAGCAUCUUCUACGCGUUCUCCUACUACUUUGACAGAGCUGUGGAGUCUGGCCUCAUCGAGCCUGGUCGAGGUGGUGCAAUUGAAGUCAGGGACUUUAAAAAGAGAGCCAAGGAAGUGUGUAACAAGAUGACCAAAUACCGUGCCAUCAGCCCAUUCCUCUGCAUGGAUAUGACAUAUAUCACCUGUCUGCUAAAAGAGGGCUUUGGCUUCAAGGACAACACGGUGCUGCAGCUAGCCAAGAAGGUGAACAACGUGGAGACGAGCUGGGCGCUGGGGGCAACCUUCGACUACUUCAGAAAUUUCAACAUCCACUGAGGACAGCUUGCUGUCUCUGCCGCCAGCACUGAGAGGGACAGUCUGUCACUUUGCGGCUUUCCUUCCUGUAUCCACCCUCCAUCAGUUCUUCCCCCUCACACAAAGCCAAUCCCUACUCCUCUUCCUAUUCCUCCUCCUUACACUUCCUCAACCUCAGCAUUCCGAGGUCUCUCUGAGAACUCUUGAGAAAAAAAAAUCACUAUAUUUUUCUAAGGCCAGCUAUUUCUACUGUAUGUGGGGCUCAUUACUAGUGGGCUGACUUUAUUUUUGUAAAACGUUUACAUUUUUGAUUUUUGUCUGGUCCGAGACAUUUUUUUUCUCACCUACCUAUCGCAGGUGUAGACGCAAAAACAAGCCUGUAUUUUGGUGCUGACUGUGGUCCUGGUGCACACUGUAACACAGGCCAGUGUAAGACCAUUAAGAUUCUAGUUGCUGGAGUUGCAACUAAAGGUGUUUAUCUAAAAAUGUGUAAAGUAGUUAUUUCUUUUUAAUACUAGUAGUAAAUUAUCUCACAGGUCAUUGACUCAGUCACCCCCCCAAGCCCCUAAAUCCCCUAAACUAACGACACGUCAGGCAUCAUUGAAAAUUGUGCAUAUUUGUGCAGCUUCCUAAAGCUUGUACAUUACACUUUACUUGCAGAUACUGUAGCUACGACGUGAUCUGACGCCUUGAUAUCGACUCAUGAUUUGUACAUAUUCAUCAUUUGUGUUUGCCCUAUCAUGACACCAGGGUCCAACGUAGCCCACCGGGGAUAUUGUCCCUGCAGACUCUGCUGUUACAGCCUUUACAAGUAGGAGACUAAUGCCUGUUUUCAAAGGUUGGCCAUUAUUGUUUGUUUUGUCUACAGUGAAAAGACCUUAUUAAGCAGGAAGAAAUUGCAGGAUCCCCUCUUCCGACCUAUAUUUAGACUAGCACAAGAGGAACCUCUCAUCAAGAGAUGGUCCAUCCACCAACGUAAUUAACAGCCAUUAAAUAACAACCAAAAUGUCACCCGUAAUUACCUACAACAAAGUGUUAAAACAUAUGGCUCUUUUACUGAAAACUUUAAUAUUACCAUCCUGUCUUUUUUUUCUCCUUGUGAACUGUAUAAAUAUUUAAUUUACUGAAAGGUUUUAUGUAAUUAUCAUCCAAUAUAAACUCUUGGACUUUCUGUGUAACAAAAACAAAGGUGUCUGCAGACUCUUUAGUAUUCAACGUGUUCCAUAACUACUGUUGUAUAUACAUGACUUCUAUUAUAGUGAACUACAGGAACUGACAGGAACUGCUUUACAUUGUAAAAUCCAUAUGCUGCACAUUUGCUUCAGUUUUCAUCAGUAUGAAUAACCGGAUGGCUGACAAUAUGUACAUUGAUGUUGAUUAUGUUCAUUGGAAUAAGUGUAUGUUAUACAUGUAUGUUUUAAUAAAACAUGAAAAUGUGACCAUGUCUGGUGUUACGUUCUGUUCUCUACGGUACAUUAGUAUCAUCACACCGUACCAUCCAAGCAAAGCUGUGAAUUACUGGCACAAGAUACAAGUUAUACACACAUUGAAUAUUAGUAUACACUCUAUACUGUAGUUACAAUUAUAUACUCUAGACAUUUGUAUUAAAACCACCAAUGUUCAGCUCGGUAGGGCCACAUAAAAUUAUGUGGUGGGCAAUAUUUGUCCCACGGGCCAUAAGUUUGAUAUAUGGGCAUUAGGUGCAAACAUUUCAAGAGGAUAAAAAAUGUAUUUUGCACAUUGUGACAUUUUCAACACAUUGCAACAAAACUUUUCAAUCAAAAAUGUUUUCUUACCUUAUACUUUUGUCCAUUUCUUCCACAUACAAGGCUCUUGAAGGCAUUCAUAAUGAAAUUAUUGGAACAACUGUUUGCUGCUGUAACUGCACCAUGCCAAAAACGUAGAAAUAACAGAAUAGCAGUUAAAAAAACAAAAGCUAUCACUUGGCCACAAAACGCUAAAGCUAGCAUAAGGAAAGCCAUCUCCAUUUAUCUUAGGGAUGAAAAUACAAGACUAAGUCAAAAGGUUUACAAAAAAAUAUUUAAAACAACACAAGUUAAGUUUUUUUGAGAAUGAGAUGUUACAUUAGAGAAUAUUCAUUCAUUUUAAAAGGUUUGUGUUUGAGUUUGGUUAAACUUUGUUUACAUUUGUUUGCUAAUUUUAAAAUAUUUUCUUUUGUGGGUUG